AUGGCAAAGGGCCACCAAGAUAAAGGAGGCUCUGGAUUCGAUGGAUUCUCUAAAAGCAGAGGACGCCAUGAAACAGGGCAUCUGAGGUGUGUGAAGAGCGUUGCUGGAGCAGAAAGCACAAUUGUUGAAGCUGAACUUGUUGACACGAAGCCUCUCAACGCCGAAACUUGGCUGCGGCUUUGGAUUGAGCAGCUUAGGGGGUGGUCGGAUUUUAUUUUAUCCGUUGGCGAUGAACUCAUGUAUUACAUAAGAAAUUACUUAAUACGCACUCCUGGGCUUCGUAUUGCGGAGUGGCGCGCUGCACACCAAUACAACGCCUUUUCUACAGAGCACGGGUAUUCAUUGUAG